AUGGCAGCUUCCUCAAGAGGCUUGCCUUCUUUUGACAAUGAGGUCUUGUGGGGCCUGUUGGCCCUAAUGCAUCCUCUCAGCGCGUUCGGGUGUCUGCAUCGCUGGUCCUCGCUACCAGCAUUAAGCACUCUGGAGCUUGUGUCGUACUCUCGUGUCACCUCCCGCAUGCAGACGUUGCGCGGAGUUUGCACGACCUCGAGACGCCCAAAGAGCUACCAUGACCUCAGGCAAUGUCACACCCUCGACUCCUCAGUCCAGGCGGCCGCGAUAAUCUCUAAGAUUCAUGGGCCUGGAAUACAGGCUUCUUACCCAGCCGCUGAGGAGGCGCGAACGCCUCUCAAUGACAGAUGA